AUGUCCGCCACGCAGUCUCUCGAGGAAAAGAACAUCGCCAGCUCAAAGGGUCCCAUCGACCUCGACGAGCGCAGGCGCGCCGCCCUCGCCGAAAUCGACAACGCCAAGUUCUCUUGGUUCCACGUCAAGGUUGUCUGUGUCGCGGGUGUCGGUUUCUUCACGGAUGCCUACGAUAUCUUCUCUAUCUCCAUCGUCGCGACGAUGUUGGGCAUAGUCUACAACAGCAACUCGACUUCCCUCGGCGUCAACCAGGAUCUCGGUGUCAAGAUUGCCACGCCCAUCGGUAACAUUGUCGGUCAGCUCCUGUUCGGUUGGCUCGCGGAUGUCGUUGGCCGCAAGCGCAUGUACGGUAUUGAGCUCAUGAUCAUCAUCUUCACCACAUUCGCCCAAGCGCUCUCCGCUGCCGGCCCUGGUCUCUCCAUGACCGGUGUUAUCGUCACAUGGCGUUUCCUACUCGGUGUCGGUAUCGGUGGCGACUAUCCUCUGUCUUCGGUUAUCUCGUCGGAGUUCGCUUCGACACGCAUCCGUGGGCGCAUCAUGACUGCCGUUUUCGCCUUCCAGGGCUGGGGCAAUCUUGCUUCUGCCAUCGUCUCUGUCGUGGUCAUCACUGCCUACAAGGGACGCAUCGAGAACCCCGAGCACACCAUCAAGUCGAUCGACCAGGUCUGGCGCUUCAUCAUCGGUCUCGGAUGCGUGCCCGCCGUUGUCGCCCUUUACUUCCGUUUGACGAUCCCGGAGACCCCCCGUUUCACCAUGGAUAUCGACCGCAACGUUCUCCAGGCGAGCGAGGAUAUUGACGCCGUCCUGUCCAACCGCAACUUCUACGUCGACGAGGAAGCUGCUAUCGUUCGCGCUGAGGCACCCAAGGCCAGCCGUCGCGACUUCCUUGCCCACUUCGGCCAGUGGAAGAACGGCAAGGUCCUCUUCGGCACUGCUUACUCCUGGUUUGCUCUCGACAUUGCGUUCUACGGUCUUGGUCUCAACACCUCCAAGGUCCUCGCUGACAUUGGCUUCUCUGGUUCGUCCGCCACGAAGGGCACCGGUCUAUACUGGUACGACAUCCUCCGCAAGACGGCUGUUGGCAACAUCAUUCUCGCUGUCGGCGGUUUGAUUCCCGGCUACUGGGCAACCUUCCUCUUCAUCGACUCCUGGGGCCGCAAGCCCGUCCAGCUCCUCGGUUUCGGCAUGCUGACUGUACUCUUCAUCAUCAUGGGCUUCGGCUACAGCGCACUCCAGAGCAGCCCAAGCGCCAAGGACGCGUUCGUCUUCCUCUACUGCCUCACCAACUUCUUCCAGAACUUCGGCCCCAACACGACUACGUUCAUCGUGCCCGGCGAGGUCUUCCCGACACGUUACCGCUCUACCGCUCACGGUAUCUCUGCUGCCUCUGGCAAGCUCGGCGCCGUCAUCGCGCAGGUCGGCUUCGCUCGCCUCACGAACCUCAAGGGCGCCGGCAGCAAGAACGGCUGGCUCGACCACAUCUUCGAGAUCUUCGCCUUCUUCAUGUUGACUGGCUUCUUCUCCACGCUCCUCAUCCCCGAGACCAAGAACAAGUCGCUCGAAGAACUUUCGAAUGAGGCCCAGGAGGGCUUCGUGCGCCCCAAGCCCGUCAACGUUCCCCAGAUCGCAUGA